AUGCCGCCGCGCUCGUCGCCGUCUGCGCGCUCAGGAGGCUUCUACUUUCCCCCAAACGACAGUGCGACCUACCGGGACCUGCUACUCUUCGAAGAGCGCCUCAAGACGAACGCUGCGAACCUGAAGCGGCGGAAACACAAGUACCAGUUGUUCCUCUUCCAGCUCCUCUUCGUGAUCGUCUUCCUCCUCUGCGAGGUCAUCCUGCCGCCGCAUAUCUCUAUCCUCGCCAUCCCGUACAAGUUUGUUUCACAAAGGAUCCUACCGGAUGUCUACACUGCAGAGGUGGAGGUGUACGUACACCCGUAUUUAUCGACGGGGCUGCUGUUCGUGAGUGUGACGACGCUGUUGCUGUUCUUUGCGAGUGGGAUGUAUUCGGAGAAGAUUGGGUAUGCGAAUAAAUACGUUCCGCACGCCAACCGCGCUCUGCGGUCGUUCAACAUGUACCUGAACGUCCGCAAGCCACCGCUAAGCUCCAAGAUCAAAUGGAACCCGCUCGGCUUUUUCUUCCCCGGCCUGCCCCCUCCUCGCCCUCACCCUCACCCACAGCCCCUACCUCCCGUCCCACAUCACCCUCACCCACUAGUACACCCACUCCCUCAUCUCCCACCUCCCCUUCCCACUCCCGCACCCUAUCCACAUUCCCCAACCUCGUCCACUCAUCAUCAACAACUCAAACCCGUUCCUCAAGAUCCCCCUCAGCCCAGCGUACCCGCUCCCCGUCGACCACCCGCCCCAUCCACACCAUCCCGCCCGCCUCAAAUCCAAGAGGCGAGCUCAUCUUCUCCUCACGCGUCGACCGCGCGUUUCGCGAGGCGUAUGAGCGGUAUCGGGCGGCGUUUGAGCGGAGGAGGGAGGAGAAGGAGUGGGAGGAGUGGCGGAGGGGGUGGGUGGGCCGGGCGCUAG